UGUCCAGCAGGUGCAGGGGGCCCUCUAGUGGUGAACACCAGGAAGUGCGCUCUUUAGUUCCGCUCUGUGCUACACCGUAAUCAGUCCGCCGGGAAGCCGGAGCAAGGAGAGCAGCAGCAGCAGCUCCAGUUGUCCCCGCAGCUGAAGAAAGGCGCAGCUCAGAACAUCUCUACCAAGAGCUUCAACUGAAGAAUCAGAAGAUCUGAAGACCACAGCAGUUAAGGAGUUUAUUAGGCAGGAGCAGAAUGAUGGAGAACCAUGAGAUGAAAAUUGAGGUGAAGGAGGAGAACCAUGAGGUGAAAAUUGAUGUGAACGUGGAGAACCAUGAUAUGAAGACUGAGGAGAAGGAGAACCAUGAGAUGAAGACUGAGGAGAAGGAGAGCCAUGAUAUGAAGACUGAGGAGAAGGAGAGCCAUGAGAUGAAGACUGAGGAGGAGAACCAUGAGAUGAAGACUGAGGAGGAGGGGAAUUAUGAGAUUACCUUUGAGGUGAAACAGGAGAUGAAUGAUGAAGUUAAACUUGAGGACUACCAGGACCAAAAACCGGACAACCACACUCUGAACACCACAAACCAGACAAACCCAGCCUCCUCCUCUGGUCGCCCUGAUCUACAGGAGCAUGAAGACCCUCAACAGACUGAUGAAGCCCUCACUGCACCAGCCGGAUCUAAUUUAAAUCAACAGAUCAGCACCACAGGGAAACCAUAUGCCUGUGACCACUGUCCAGCAGCGUUUAAAACCAAGGAAUAUUUAAAGAAACAUCAACAAAUCCACACCAGAGGGAAACCAUACCGCUGUGACCAUUGUCAGGCAACUUUUAAAACCAAAGAAUAUUUACAGAAACAUCAGUUGAUCCACACUAGAGGGAAACUAUACAAAUGUGACCAAUGUGAAGCAACUUUUAGGACCCUUUAUCCUUUAAGGAAACAUCAAGAGAUCCACAUUAGAGGGAAACCAUACAGCUGUGACCAGUGUCCAGCAAUUUUUAAAACCAAACGUUAUUUGAAGAAACAUCUAAUAAUCCACUCCGGAAAAAGACCACACUCCUGUGUCCAGUGUGCUUUAACUUUUCAAAGAAAAGAUUUGUUAAUAGUGCAUCAACGGAUCCACACUGGAGACCGACCAUUCCGCUGUGAGCACUGUGCUGCAACUUUUCGAAGAAAGGAUGGUUUACAGAUUCAUGAGCGGAUACAUGCUGGAGUGACACCAUUCAGCUGUGACCAGUGUCAAGCAAGUUUUAAAACCCUGUCUUAUUUAAAGAAACAUCAAGGGGUCUAUUCUAGUGGGCAUAGCUAUAAAUGUGACCAGUGUGGAGUAACUUUAGAAACCCAGUGUAAUUUAAAUAAACAUCAACAGCUGCACACUGGAGAAAAACCAUACGGCUGUAACCGGUGUGACGCAACAUUUCAAACUACGAAUAGCUUGCGGGUUCAUCAAAUGAUUCACACCGGACAGACACCACACAGCUGUGACCAGUGUGGAGCAACUUUUAAAACCAAGAGUCAAAUGAAGAGACAUCAGCUAAAUCACUCUGGAGAGAGACCAUUCCGCUGUGAUCAGUGUGCUGCAACCUUUCAAAGUAAGACUAACUUGCUGGUUCAUCAAAUGAUUCACACUGGAGAGAGACGAUACAGCUGUGAUCAGUGUGGAGCUACUUUUAAAAGCAAACAUCGUAUGAAGACACAUCAAUUGAACCACUCUGGAGACAGACCAUACCGCUGUGACCAGUGUGGAUUCACAUUUCUAACUAAAAGUACUUUAACUGAACAUCAACAGAUCCACACCACAGAGAAACCAUACAGCUGUGACCAGUGUUCAGCAACUUUCAAAACCCAGCCUUAUUUAAAGAAACAUCAACUGAUCCACACUAAAGGGCAUCCGUACAGGUGUGACCAGUGUUCUGCAAGUUUCAAAACCCAAGAUUAUUUAAGGAAACAUCAACAAAUACACACUGGACACAAACCACAUCGCUGUGAGCAGUGUGCGGCAACUUUUCAAAGGAAGGAUAGUUUAAGGAUUCAUCAACGGAUGCAUGCUGGAGUGACACCAAUUAGCUGUGACAAGUGUCAAGCAGGAUUUCAAACGCUAUAUUAUCUAAAGAAACAUCAAGAGAUCCAUACUAGAGGAGAAACAAACAGCUGUGAACAGUCUGGAUUAACUUUAACUCCUUAAACCCAGACGUGUUUACAAGAAAUUGACACCUUAAAUUACAUCCCUGAUUUAAAUUAAGUACAGCUCCACACAGUAGUAGUAAAAUACAGGUUUUACUACUUGUUUGAAACUGUGGCAUUAAAGAAUAUUUCUGAAAUGAAACCAGUUUUGAAGAUGUCACUAAUUUAUAGGUGAUUAAAAAAACAAUUUUCAGAGCUUCGCCUAAGAAAUGUUUUAAAUAGAUUUUACAAAACUACAUGAAACCCUUGUAAAAAUAUAGGAAAAUCCUCAGACUUUGUGUAUCCACAUUUUCUCUAUAACUGCAGAACAUCUGGACAGAGUCAACUGAAACAUAUAUGCUGUACAAAGGUUUUAGUUUGCAGUGUGACAGGUGGACUUGUGAUUUUGGCACAGUUUGGCCAAAUGUACUAAAACUGUGCCAAGUGUGGGUUUUUUUUGUUUUAGUUUUUUUUUUUUUUGAUAAACUGAAACCUGGUCAAAUGAAAGGGGGUAAAAUGCUCCUUCCAUCCUAAAGGUAAUCAAUAUGUUAUGUAUUCAGACAAAGAGGGUUAGAAAAUUUGUUGUGGGGGCUGCAGUCCUCUAAAAACUCUAAGCAAUCCCCGUUGUUCAGUCCUAAGGAUAGGGAUUGGUAAGAGUUUUGUUCCUGCUCUCACCCCCUCUGUCCCUCUAAUUCUGGGGGUAUUGCCUCAUUUAUUGGUUGUCCCACAUGGUAUCAUUCUGACGCACUCACGUAACACCAGUGUACAGUACGUGCGCUUUCCUUGUUAGUUUCCGCUUGCUUGCUGCACACAUUUCCAGUGUUUAUGUAUCUGGUUAGCUUAGCGGUUAGCUUUGGUGAUAGCAGUUCAUUGAAGCUCUGCUGCUUUCACCAUAUACAUUGAACAUGGCUGAUGAUGGUUUUCAACUAUCUUUAUUUCUCCGUUGGUUCUUUUGUGUUUCAUAUUUUCUUUAAUCUUCAUUUUGCUUUGUAGUUUAGUUUAGCUUAGUUUACUAGCCUAAUAGAGAGAAUUUGUUGAUUGUAAGAUAGUGUUAAUUCAGAUAAACAGCAUUAUAUACUGAUGUUAUUUGGAAGACCAUUUAUUUCUGUUAUUAAAUUCUUGGGCCUGAAGAGAAGUUGUCACUCAUUGCUUCAUGCAUGCUCAGUAUGGGGGAUUGCUGCAAAGCCAUCAACAAUGCAGACGUCUUUCGCACAUUGAUACAAAAGGUAAGUCUGAAGGGUUACAGCAGUGGUUCCACGUGUUGGAGUAUUUCUAUGUGUUAUUGGAAUUAUCAGUGAUGCUCUGUAACCUCAGGCUGUUUAUGAUAAAUCAUUGUUUUAUUUUGCCACUAAUCCUCUGCCAGAAAAGUAAUAAUGGGUUAAAAUGUUUAAAACACAUAAGUCGACAUUUAUUAAAUGAGCCACUGCUGGAAAGUCUUCAUGCCUUCUGAAAGCUUAGCUGUGUGAUUUUCUCCUGGCUUAUUUUAUCUAAUAACGCUACUCGGAAACAAUAAAAACCCAGAACCAUACAGGACCAGGACCCCAAACCCUGUGGCAACAUGUAACGCUGAUCAACUAGAGUAAAAUGAUGAUUAAUGGACAAUUUUAGGAAAGUGGGCACUUUCUGGAUUAAAGUAGAAUUUAGUUUUUAACUUUUCUUUCUAUUGUCCAAACUUCUCCAGCUUGUUUUAAUGAUCCUGUGAUCCUUUGACAUUGAAAGCUGCUCUGUUUUUGUUUCUGCCCACAGAAAACCGGAUCUGUAACCAGCUACCUUAGUUUCUGUCUCUUUUUGUAAUCGCCUGCCUAAAUAAAAACCUAAAUCAGUCAAA